GCUCCUCCUCAGCUCAGGGAAGAAAAUCCAACUGUGGAUUUACUGUCAGGACCUGCACUUUGAUGAUCAUUCGGGAUUGCUUUAAUUUCAGAAUCAAUCAUUUGGAAUAUUUCCUCAGCAUCUCUGGAUCACCAGCGGAGAACUUCAAAACAAGAUCAUCCAGCGUGAGAAUAAUAUGAGGAAGCCUUUGAACAUUUUGAAUUCUGGAAUAGGACUGGGCCUCCACUGUUCUUAGAGCUGGAAGCAGCAUGCAAACUAACCGGUGAGCCGCCGCGGCCUGUCAAGCCCCCGCCAAAGUAGCCACCGGCACCACCUGUCCAGCCCUGGGGGGGAAAUCCAGACCUUUCCACUCUACCUGACCGCCAAACACCAUGGAUGUCAUGUUACCCAUAAGAAAUCAAGACAUGAUAGCUUGGUCCUGCUCUGAUCCUCUCCUGGGUCCUCACAGUAGCAGCAACAGUCGUGGCCACUAUCAGAGGGUCAGGAGGAAGCUGCGACCUGGACGGAUUUUGGGCUUUGUCAUCAGCCUGGUGGCCGCCUGCACAGUUUGUUCCCUGAGUGCCUUAUCAUUAGCCACAGCUGUAGCCUCUGAGCUGAAAUCGGCUGCUGAGGUCUCAGCCAAUGCAGCGGUACCACAAAGAACUCUUCUGCAGCACCAGAACCUCUCCGCAGCCCCAGAAGACACCCCAGUGGCCAUGAAGUCCUCAGACCUGGAGCUGAAUCAAGGGGAUUAUCCAACAGACUUUUUCAGCGUGGAGGACAGACGCCAGGGCUUUGUGGUGCUUCAUAUGUUUGGAAUGUUGUACAUGUUCAUAGCCUUAGCCAUAGUUUGCGACGAGUUCUUUGUCCCAGCACUCACUGUCAUCACAGAAAAGCUGGAGAUUUCGGACGACGUUGCUGGAGCCACCUUUAUGGCAGCAGGGGGCUCCGCUCCAGAGCUCUUCACUUCGGUCAUAGGGGUGUUCGUCUCACACAGCAAUGUGGGCAUCGGUACCAUCGUGGGAUCGGCCGUCUUUAACAUCCUGUUUGUGAUUGGGAUGUGCGCCCUGUUUUCCAAAGAGGUACUGAACCUCACCUGGUGGCCUCUGUUCAGGGAUGUUUCCUUCUACAUCAUUGGCUUGCUCAUGCUCAUCUACUUCUUUCUGGAUAAUCAAAUCACAUUGAGCGAAAGUAUCAGUCUGCUGCUGUGCUACUCCUGCUAUGUGACCUUCAUGAAGUUCAACGCCAAAGUGGAGUUCUUCAUCAAAACCAAACUGGGCAGCAACCAAGUGGAUGAGCUGGAGGCUUCCCCCAAGGUGACUGCAUCUGGAGAUGAUGAGAACAAGCUAACCGCCAAGCCCAGACUGCAGAGGGAGGGCAGUUGUGCUUCUCUUCACAACUCUCUGAUGAGAAACAGCAUCUUCCAGCUCAUGAUCCACACUCUGGACCCGCUCAGCAACGAAGGGGGUUUCAAAGAGAAAGCAUCAAUCCUUCACAAAAUGGCCAAGAAGAAGUGCAAGGAUGAAGGAGUCACAGCCAACGGUGUAGUGGAGAGAAACACCUCCAAUAGUUCGAAUGUUGCAGUUGAAGUCACUCCGCCCAUGAAUGGAGUUGCUGGAGGAGAUCAGGGUGGGGAGGAGGAUGACGACGAUGAAGGCCAGCCAUUAAGCUUGGCCUGGCCUGAUACCUGCAGGAAACAGCUGACCUACCUCUUCAUCUUACCCAUCGUCUUCCCCUUGUGGCUGACUCUGCCGGACGUCAGGAGAGAGAAUGCCGAGAGGUUUUUUCCUUUCACUUUUCUUGGCUCCAUCUGCUGGAUUGCUUUCUUCUCAUACCUGAUGGUGUGGUGGGCUCACCAGGUCGGAGAAACAUUUUGGAUCACAGAGGAAAUCAUGGGUCUGACCAUCCUAGCAGCAGGGACUUCCAUCCCUGACCUCAUCACCAGCGUGAUUGUUGCCCGGAAAGGCCUCGGAGACAUGGCCGUGUCCAGCUCAGUGGGCUCCAACAUCUUUGACAUCACUGUCGGCCUGCCGUUCCCGUGGCUCCUCUUCAACAUCAUCAAUGACUUUAAGCCUGUGGAAGUGAGCAGCAACGGCCUCUUCUGUGCCAUAGUCCUCCUCUUCCUCAUGCUCCUCUUCGUCAUCAUGUCCAUUGCAGCUUGCAAGUGGAGAAUGAGUAAACUUCUGGGCUUCCUCAUGUUCUUGCUCUACUUUGUCUUCCUGGUCGUCAGUGUCAUGCUGGAGGACAAAAUCAUCAUGUGUCCUGUCACCAUCUGAGACGCGUUUCCUGGAAGCGCUCUUCGGGCGAAAGAGGUGCAAAGUGAUGAACGUCUCACAUGGGGACAGCACAAUCUACACUGAGACUGGUGAAGCACAGCUUUAUUUAUUAGUUAAGUCAAUCAAGAACCAAUUUUCAUUUACCACGCAUGCAUGAGGAGAACAUGCACUCAGAACGGACCCAGCUGGGAUUGAACCACCGCCCUCUCAUUGUGAGGAGAGAGUGCGGACCACUACACCACUAUGCAGCCUGUUCACAUGCAGCAUGAAUGUUUAAGGACGGCAAACAGACAGUUUCAAUGUGGAGACCAUGUGACCACACUGAGGAAACACUGAAGGAAAGGAUGGACAGACAUGGAUCCAGGAUGGAAAGCAGAGGUUUUCCAGACGGGUUUGCUUUCCUGAACAGUGUUGUAGCUGUAGAGUAUCAGAAGAACUUGACAUGGACGAAAGGGGCAUCCACUUUAAAGACGUGAGGUGCUCAUGUCACUAAGCAUGUGACUGUGCUUUGAGAGUCGCAGUUUGUCUUCAGCAGAAGUAGCAAUGAUGAUUUUUAGCAUUUAGAGCGCAUUAAAGACUGAAGAUUGACGACUGGCAGGUUUCCAUGGUUACACGUGCACAUCCCUCCAGAUGGAUUUGGUUUCUACAGUCCCUGAUGAGCAUGUGAACAUCCCUCUGUCUGCUCUGGAUGCCUUUCCAAGCACAUGUUCAGAGGUGGAAUCUUGGGCAGAAGAUGAAAGGCGUCUAUUGUGUGUAUGUUCUUCUAUUUCUUCAACUUUGUGAAAUGACACUAUGAUUUAUGUAUUCAUGUACUCUUGCUAUUCUUUUGAAUAUGAAGGCUCCAGAUCAUCUCAGUUGAGUGUUUUGGUCAGUUUGGACUACAAAGCAGGCUCCACACACGGUCGGUGGAACCAUUCAGAACCACUCUAAUCCACUAAACUCACAUUUCUAGAUCCACACGUUCUCAAAGUUUUCCUGUCUCAACAGUUAUAGGUUGUGUUUUGGUUCGUGAAACCAUGACUAUAACUUAAGUAAGGAAUGAAAUUAUUCAGAACUCUGAUCGAAUUAUUACAGAAACUUUUUUGCACCAAUGGAAACAUUUUGUAUUAUUGCGUAUUUUUUCCUUUAAUUGAUAGAAAUUUACAACUAUUAACUGCAGUCAGAGAAAACUGAGAAUUAAACCACAAUUGUUGUUUAAAUGUUAAAUAAAACAACACUUUUCCUCUUAAUCUCAGCAAAAGCUCUUAUGUUUAUCAUUUGAUCCAUUUGAAAAUGUUAUAUAUUUUGACUACAUAGAUUUCAAAAACAUAAACUGACUGACGUAGAUGUAAGAAGUUUUGCACUACGAGAGCUGAAGGGAAAAUAACUGAAGUUGGAUUUGUGCUCUGAUAUGAAGAUAAAACUUCACUUAUUUUCAUUUUCCAAAGACUUUAAUUCUUUGUUUGGAAACCUGGUUCUGAUUGAUCCAUUUCAAACUCCAGGAAGUCUAUUCAACUCCUGUGCUGUGUUUAACACAAAACAUUUUUUAUGGUUUCCUAUGUCAUGUCUGAAUAAAUGUAACAUGUGUUUUCCACAGGAAUGGGUUGGACUCUUUAAAAAUGUUUUAUUGUGUAUUUGUAUCUAUACAGAAGUGUGUACAAUGGAGAUCUUUAUUAAUAUUUGUAGGUCAUCUCUUUUAUCUUAAGCACUUUUUUGUCAACCACUCCAUCAGAUGUAGUCGGUCUAUGCAGUAUCAUCUUUAACUCUUUCUUUCUCUCUCUUUUACUUCCCUUGUGUGUUAUGUAUGGAAUAAUAUUCAUAUACUACUUGAAUCAUGUACUAUACUGUAAAACAUAUAUUAUUCCUCUCUGUGUAAAU